AGGAAUUUUUCAUUUCUCCUCUCUCUCUCAAUUUUUAUCUUUUCUCUCUGUGUUCUUCUGUCAAUCCUUUGCAGUUUUCCUCUCUGGCGGGUCAUGAUCUCGGUUGUUUCUUCAACUUGUAGGUCAUGAUCUUCUAGUUUAAUUUAAUCCUGUUAACAUUUCGCAGCCUCGAAGCUUCUUCAGACUUGUAUACAUUUCUAGAGAUUAAAGAAAAAACAAAGAAAAGGAAGAGAUCUAGCUUAACUUUCCGUGUUCUGCCUGCGUCUAUAAUGAUGUCUGUUUCAGAUUCCGGUGUGAAAUCCUGUAUCAUGGCGAAGAAGAGAACAUUCAAGGAACUUGUUGAACAAAAGUUUGGGAAAAUUGUGUAUUUUCUGAUCAAUGCUAUAUUGGAAUGGAUAUUGAUGGCUAUCUUGUUCAUGGAUGGCUUGAUUGCGUUCGCCGCUAAUGAAUUUGCCCGUUUCUUUGAUUUGCAAAUCCCAUGUUUGCUUUGCACGAGAGUCGAUCAUGUACUUGUACGCCGGAAUCCUGAUUUUUACUACAACGACUCGAUCUGUGAAUCACAUAGGAGGGAUGUUUCAUCAAAGGCAUUUUGCCAUGUUCAUAAAAGAUUAUCCGAUAUUCAGCAGAUGUGUGAGGCAUGCCUUCUUUCAUUUGCCACAGAAAAUAAACCAAAUUGUGAUCCUUACAAAUCCCUUGUAGGCAUUUUAGGGGCUGAUCUUGAAGGCCCUGCUGACGAUCAUAAAUCUGAGGAAGACGAGGAUCUUUUGCAGGUUGAGAAGAGUCUAAUACACCGGUGUUCCUGUUGCGGAGAGCCUCUGAGAGUUAAGCCAACUUUUCAGCAAGCAUUAGUUCGGAGUCUGACAAUGAGCAGAGGUGAUGCUGCUGUAGUUCCUCAAGCUCCCACUCCAUCUCCUCGUGCAGCAGCACAAGACACGGCGAGAAAGGAGGAAUCGCGUGACCUUGAUCUGCCGCACAUACGCUAUGCUGAGCUCAAAUUUUCUCCAGACAAUGAUCUGGAGAUUCCAGAAGAUGAUGAAGGCUCGCUGUUGUUACUUCAGGAAAACCAAAGUAGAGAGGAUAUGAAAGCUACUACGGUGCCAUUGCUGACAGAAUGUGAGGAUAAUGAGGAAGUUAAGACACCAAGCUUUAUUACCAACAGACUAUUCACGCCAACAGGUUCAGCUACAGCAAGCCCCAGAUGGCUUGCAAGGCUUCCAAGGAGAUUUUCUGCAGAAAAAACAGACGAGACUUCAAAAGGAAAUGCAGAUGGUGACAGCAUCCUGCAUAACUUGAAGAGACAAGUUCGUUUCGAUAGGAAGUCACUUAUAGCUUUAUACAUGGAAUUAGAUGAAGAAAGAAAUGCUUCUGCAGUGGCAGCCAACCAAGCAAUGGCUAUGAUCACUCGGCUUCAAGCGGAUAAGGCAGCAAUUGAAAUGGAAGCCUUACAAUACCAGAGAAUGAUGGAGGAGCAAGCAGAGUACGACAACCAAGCAUUGCAAGAAAUGAAAGAACAGCUUACCAAGAGAGAGGAAGAAAUUAAAAGUUUAGAAUUGGAGCUAGAUAGUUACAGAGAAAGGUUGGAGGAGUGUGAAGAGAGACUUGAGGGGGAUGAUUACCAAGACUUGAGCAACGGGAUAACCACAUCCGCCGAAGAACUGAAAGCAGAUCUUAAGAAUGAGAAGAAUUACCUUCUCGAUCGGCUGAAAACGUUGGAGGAAACUCGUAGCUCAGAACUUAUUGAGGACGAAGAUAAAGGAUAUAUGGGUAACACCAGCAUAAGCAAAGAGAUAUCUGAUGUAAAUGAGAAACUCGAGGCUCUCCAGAGAGACGAGGAAUUCUUAACGCAUAUUGUUCAAUCGCUAAAGAGAAGCAAUGAAGGGACAAGACUUCUCAAGGAAAUAGCUCAACAUUUAAAGGAGCUUCGGCAAAGAGAGAAGAGGCCCUUGGAGAUAUUGUAGUUUCUUGAUGGUUUUGUCAUAUUUUUCAUUUAGUUUUUUCUUUGUUCGUCAAGACAUUGUUUGUUAGAGUUUUCAGCAGUUUACCCCUUUGUAUUCUUACCUGUAAUCCAAUUUUUCACUUCAGUGUGAUGUAAACAAUCUAAUUGAUUUUUCAACGUCUAAAAGCAUGAAGAACAA